AUGCUCCGUCUACCUGUCCUAAUAAGGGGCUAUCGCCGUCUUCCGAUAGGUGUUCUGCUUAACGGCACCUUACGAACCCAACAAAUCAGACAUAAGAAUAUAGGUGCCUGGUUCACCAAGGCAAAGCAGCCUAAAGCACAUAGACAAGAUAACUCCAAGGCACAAAUCAUCAUAGAAGACGAGGAUAUCUCAAACAAGAUCCAGCAUAGCCACAUUGGCGACCUUAAGCAUUACCUCAAGACCACAGAGAUCCCAUCGAAGGAAAGAUCUCGUAUUCUCAGGACAAAACUCAUUGAACUCAUCAACGAAGUACCCGAUUUUGCAUCCAACAAAGACAGUCUAUAUACGAUAGAUACUGUCUUUGCAUACCUCUACGACCAGUCAGGAAGGAAUCUUGAGAACGUUCUUCCCUUAGAUGAUCUCCUACAUCUUUUCAGAAGCACAUCCUCAGUGCUUUUGGCGCAGGAGGAUUUCACCAUGCCUCAAUAUAUGGCAACCCUUUCCCAAGAACUUACCAAGUCAAGUUCAGACAAUCCAUCUGAUAUCUAUGCAUUAGUGAUUGACAUAGGUGCUUCCUUAAAGUUUAACGACUUUGAAAACGCUCUCGCUGUUGUGGUACACAACUCGAAAAAGCUCCCACGAGACUUUACUGGAACCGUGUUUAAUCAUUUUCGUAUGAAAGGUUGUCUCGACCUUCUGUAUUUUGAAGCUUUUCUUUCUGUUGCAUUAAGGGAAAAAUCAGAGAUCGUGAACGACGACUUGGUGAAAGAGUACCGGGCUUAUGUCGAGCUGUUGUUCGAGAAACUGAACCCUAACGUCCACGAGUACGAGGAUUUGAAUAAGAAUGUCUAUCGAAUUCAGGAACUCACAUUCAAAAUGGUGAAUGCUUUACCAGAUAACCUAGCAGCGGGAUCUUCGGUCCAGCUACUCAAGUUCUUUGUCGAUCUAAAUACAGUCGUUCAGUACAAAGACAAAGCGAAGGGAGUAGAGCUUCUCCUCACCAAAAUUAACGAUAAAUCUUUUGAAGAAAUUAAACAAGUCCUUGUGGAGCUGGACCUAUUCGAUGAAUCGUUGUGCGAAUUGCUCUUGCUUGAAGUCAGCAAGUAUGCCUUGUUUCCAGUACUACACGAGAAGCUCACCGAGUUUGUCAUCAAGGACAACGUCAGAUAUUCAGAAAACCUUAAGAUACAAGCAAAGAUAUUAAACUAUUUGCAUAAUAAUUUCAGCUUGUCUGAAGACGAACUCCAUCAUCUCAUUCAAGAUUACGUUAAACAAAUAUCCACAGAAGAACUCAAUAACACGCAAGAUAAAGUCGUGGAAGCACUAAUGGUUUCAGGUGUUGUUUCUCCUGUCAGUCCCCUUUUGGGCGAACUAAGCACCUGGUUCAAGUCCACUUAUGGACACUUGCCCACUUUGAAUGUUUAUCAGUAUAGGCUCGAAAAUGCUCUAGAUGCAUCUGAUAGUGAGGCCGCUCUUCAAAUCUUUGAAGAAUCUCUUCGAAGUGAAGCUGUGAAUUGGGAACACGAUUCCUCUCCACGCACACAGCUUUCCCUAAACAGGUUGAUCCAUUCUAUCUGCGAUGAUGACACAAGCAUCAUUAAAGUUUUCCCCAUAUUUCGCAAGAUAAAACAGCAUAUGACGUCCCAAUGCAACGCUGAAGCUCUCGCUGUCUUGUCUAAGAAAAUGGUCGCUGAGGAGUGUGUCGGGGAUGCGAUUGAGCUUCUUAAACGUGAAUUACCGAAAAUGAAUACUGAAUCACCAAAAAGACUCUUGGUUACACCAACUUGGGCAUAUGCCCAUAAAGAGCUUUUUGAUCAGUUACAUCAUUUCACAGUUACAUUUUCUACCGAAGAAACGUUUGAAACAAAUUGGGUACUUUACGGUGAGCUUCACAAGUACUUUGCAGUCCCCUUCGAAACCUACUUACCUACCAUGAAGUUCUUUUGCGAGAAAGACAGGCUUCAUGCUGCACUUGUCAUUUUUCAGAGAGUUAAGUCUCUCAAUGAGCUACACGGCUCGCACCAUCAUCUUCCACCAUCUCGAGAGAUGUACAUGUAUUUAUUUAAAACAUUUGGGGACCGUCUUUAUGAAGAAGGAGUGAUUGAAAUCCAUGAGUAUCUCAAAAUGGAUAUAAAUCUUCCAGAUACGGAUAUUGAUUUACAAAAUUGUCUUCUUGACGCUUAUUCCAAUCUACAAAAUGUUGGCAAGGCUAGAGACUUAUUUUUGGCAAUUUCUUCAAACGCAAAGAUCGAAGGUGGUGUCAACGAGGAAACUGCUCGUAUCAUGAUAAAAACUUACACCUAUAGUGACAUGGUAUACGUUAGGAAAUUCUGGAACAACCUUUCCCAGUUCGGUGUUUUCCCUGAUUAUGGUAUUUUCAAGCAGUAUGUCAUUGCCCAUGUUUACCAUGGAUUAGUCGAAGAUGCUUUUAAGCUAGUGAGUGAAAUUGAUGAGUACAACCUCGAGUUAUCGCCUGAUUUGCUUUUGGCAAUGCAUAACUACUGCCUCGAACCCAAAGCACAGCAAGAAGUGGCCCAGUGGGCUAUUGAAAAUCAUAAGGAACAGUGGGAUGAGAUCAAGUCGUCUCCUCUUUUGCGGAAGGCUUCUACAUAUAUGCCUGAGACUAACCUAUUAACAGGUAACGAACUGACUUAA